AUGGCUAUCUCCCCCGAUAAAGUCUCAAAAGCGGCUGACGCUGCGAACAUCAUCUCGGAAUUUGUUGCUCACGAGCAAGUCUGCGCUCUGUCAGAUCUGCAACGCGCCCUCUUCGGCUUUUCGGCGACCAAGAAGCAGCCGAAUGCCAAGACAAGCUCAAAUUCUGUGGCGGUAGUUGUUUUGUGCGGCUCUGCAAUUUUGUCCAUCGUAGAUACUGUCGUAUCAUCGGUGACGAAGUUGGUAGAGGCAACGGAUGAAGCGGUUGUUCUGGUCAUCACCGGUGGCAUCGGACAUUCGACCCAAUUGCUAUAUGAUGCUGUAGCUCGACAUCCCAAGUACAGCAGGAUUACUGGCCAAGUUCAGGGACAGCCAGAGGCUCGGGUCUUCCAGACCAUUGUCGAGCGGUUCUUCCACCUUGAAGUUGAACAGAACAACCUCAUAACCACAGGAAAGCACCCAACACAAAAGCUCACUAUUUUGAUCGAGGAUGCCUCAACAAAUUGUGCACUAAAUGCAGUGUACACAAGAAAGAUAUUAGACCAGCAUGGAUACACAUCACCAUGUUCUAUUGUCGUCGCUCAAGACCCCACCAUGUGUCGACGUACGGUUGCUGCCUUUGAACAAGUUUACUCUGAUAAGACGGAUGGUACUCCUGUGUUUGCCGGCUGGCCAACCUUCGUGCCCAAGGUGGCGGUUCAAGACUCCGGGGCUCAGAACCAAGCGAGCGGCCUCACUUCUUACUUGCGGUAUGGCAUUGCUGACUUUGACAAGAACCAAAAUGAUGGUCUUUGGAGUAUGCAACGACUGAUGUCUCUACUUGUUGGCGAAAUUCCACGAAUGAGAGACAAUGAGAACGGAUACGGACCACGGGGCAAAGGCUCCAUCGUCCAUGUUGAUAUACCGCAAGACGUCGAGGAUGCAUGGAUUGUACUUGGAGACAUACUCGGCCAGAAGAUGCGAUAG